AUGGCAUCAAGGACGUAUGUGAAUCUUGGCGUGCUGAUGGCUGGUGUCUUCGGGGUGUUCACAGCAUAUUCAGCCUUUCAGCCAGAACUUCAACGAGAACAAGAAGAGAAAGCUGGGGGAUUUCAGCAGAAACAUGUCGAGACGAAGGACAAUGUUAUCAGUGAGGCUAUAUUAAGUGAUCUAAGGGACGCGAAGGAACAGGUUGCGGGCACGAAGAACCAGGGAUCUGGAAAAGGUGCGCUUUGGGGCGUAAGAGAGGCCAUAUUUGGAUCGGGCAAGACUGCAGACACCAAAGUACCGGCACAGCAGGCUUUGACUGCGGCACCGAUCCAGAAGACGGAUGCUGCUGUUGUCAUGUCAAAGGCAGAGGCGGAAAGCAAGAAGGGUUGA